GUUCAGAAUAGAAGUGUUUCCGGGAGACGGCACAGGUUUGUCAAAUAACCCGUGCAUGGCAUGGUUGACAGGAUAGUUAACGAUUCAGACCGGGAAUCAGUGCGGACGUUUUUAUCAGCUUGUAACAGAAGUUAAACUGUCUGAAAGUGGAGCGACAUAAUCUCUUCUGGUUGUCUCAGUAGUUGUCUUCACUUGCCGGGAGCAGAUUUUCUCAUUUGUCAUUGCUCGGUUAGCUAACUAACGGUUGUUAACGUUCUGUGAAAAUGGCGGAUGUAUCAUCAGAGAAAAGCCUGGACGAUUUCUUUGCCAAGCGGGAUAAAAAGAAGAAGAAAGAGAAGGGGAAGGGAAAGGAAUCCGUCGCCGCACCCACGGCAGCAGUGCUGAAAAAGACUAAGAAAGAGAAGGAGAAGUCUACGAAAAAUGAGAACCAAGACGCUCACGUUGAUAAGGAGGACGAGGAAUGGAAAGAGUUUGAGCAGAAAGAAGUGGAUUACACCGGGCUUAGGCUCCAGGCUUUACAGAUAAGUGAUGAAAAGGAGGAAGAGGAGUAUGAGAAGGAGGAGGUAGGAGAGGAUGGAGAGAUCAUUCUGGUUAGUGGAGACAAAGUUUCUGGUCCCUGGAACAAGUCUGGUGCCGCACCUCCUCCCGCUCCACCUGUAGAGGACGUAGAGGUGCCUGAGGCGAAGCCUGCUGGUGUGUAUCGUCCUCCGGGAGCCAGACUCACUUCCAGCAAACGAGGCCCCAGCCAAGGCCCUCCUGAGAUCUUCAGUGAUGCUCAGUUCCCCUCCUUACUGGCAUCUGCCAAGCACGUCGAAACACGCAAAGACAGAGAAAUGGAGAAGACCUUUGAGGUUGUGAAACACAAGACCCGUGGUAGAGAGGAGACAAGCGGCACUUCUAUGCAGCAUUUGCAGCUCGACAACCAGUAUGCCAUUCUGGGGGACAAGUAGAGCCACUGCCCUCCGUCCCCUGACCCCUCCAGUGUGGUCCUGCUCAGUCCCUUUAAAGGAGGCUGAACUCCAGCUGUGUGGACUGUAGUCCUGACAGAGCUCCUGCUGCCACCACAACUACACUGGUCACUCACACAAACACACACAGUCAUACACAACACCUCUGCAGUGACACUCCCUUUAAAUAACACAUAUAACACAUUUGGUUGGCAGAACUGAAGGACUGCAUCUGAAGGGGCUGUUGAACUGAAAAGGAAUUGGCAAAAUACACCCAAACGUACAACACUGCAGCAGCAACAAAAAAAAAAAGGCAACGUAGUUGUCCUUUGUGGAUUGUACUCAGAGCAGCAGUUGUGUGGCGCAACUUCUCUCUGGACUUCAACUUGCUUUGACAAAGCCACAGAGGAUGGAAGAUGAAUUUAGGCAAGAUGAUUUUACAAACUUCUGUGAAAAUAUCUAUUUUUUUGCAAGAUCAUUAUAAACCAGUCGCACAUGGUUAUUUUGAGGUGUGCUUUUUGAGUUGCGAUUGGGAUGUCUGGAGUGGGAAUACUACCUCGGCAGCAAAGCUGGUGGUGACCACAUGGACUGAGCUCUUUUUUUCCUGUCUUUCUUUCUUUUCUUUUUUUUUUCCUCUCUCUUUUUCUUCUUUUUCUCACUAAUCCCCCCACUCCCCCAAUACAAGCCGACCAUCAGGCUCUUUAACUUAGAAAUCUGAAGCUUUGUUUUAGAAUGUUCAUUUAGAAUUUCUAUAUAAAGUGGCCUUACCAAUGGCGUCAUCUGAGGUGUGGUCUCAUACACACUCUGGAUCUCACCACUUUGUGAAAAGCAAAUCCUACAAAAGAGAAAAACUUCUGUUCAGGAAUGUAGUGCUGUUAUAGUUUUCCAGAUGAUUACAACUAGCUUUCUAUCAUAUCCACUGUAUGAUUUUUUUUGUUUUGUUUUUUUUUUUUGUUUGUUUUUUGCUUCCUUUUUCAAACA